AAAUAGUGGGAGGUCUGAUAAACCGAACGAGGCAGUGAGCAAGAAAUUCCAUUCCUUGUCGAAAUCAGUAAUUCCUCCUUGCUGGCUGCUUUUUCCUCGUGUGCGUGCUUUCUUCUGUGUCACUGUGUGCGAAGGGCUUCGCUAUUAUUAUUAUUUUAAAUAUAGCUUGCCCCGGGGCGGGGGAAUCGCACAAGGAAAGAGCCGGCGAGCAGCCUAUCUCUCAGAAGAAAAGAGAGAGCCUCGCAGCACAGGAGCUGGCUUCACUCGAGUGUGCAGUUUAGAAGUCAAAACAAAACAAAACAAAACAAGCAAACCAAAAGAUUUAUUCCAAAUGCCACCGUUUUGGAGGAGGCUGAAGAAAAAGAACCCCAAACUGGCUAAAUGCUGAAGGAUGCAGGCAGACAGGGGCACAGAGCGAACCCAAACGCAGUUUGAGCGUGGGCUCUUAAGUGCAAUCCAGGCUGGGCCAAAAGGUGCAGUUAGUGACAAAAAUCAGCAUGGAGCAGAACGUGAAAUCACUGAUCUGGAGCUGAAAAUGAUCCUGAAAUGCAACAGAAGUCAGAGACUAUCAGGCGUAUUAUGGAAGAUGCACUAUAAAUAAGAGCAUAUCUAAUUAUUUCAAGAGAAAGAUGCUGGACAGAAUCUUUAAUCAACUUUCUUAACAGGGAAGCAAGAGCUCUGCUGCUUUGUAUGGCAAGCUAUUUUAAUACUGCUGUGUUCAAAAUUGUGUGAUUACAGUUACCAAUAGCAAUAAGAUGUAGCUCCAGAGGGGAGUCCUAGUGGCUGCAAAAGUUUUUUCUCUCUCAUUUCUACAAUAUUUUUGCUCUCUCAAGCCUCAAGUCCACGGUCUCUAUCCUCCAGUCUGGCUUUUUACCUGGGUUUUCAGUGCCAACUCUGGACUUCCUAUGGAACAGAAAACAAAACAUUUCGGCAUUUGGAGUAAUUCUGGUAUGCUCUUCUACAUUGUGCUAAUGGUAAAAAUGCAGUUGACAAAGGAUUGGGCUCCACCAACUUCUGCCACAGACAGCUGAGGAAUGCAAAGCCUGAUGGUGACGAAGGGUGACCAUUUCCUAUUUUUCAGCAUUUAUCUCACCGAUUUCAGACUUAGCAAUGGAUACCCUUUGUGAUGAGGAAAGCUCUGUGAACCCAACUGCAAACUCCUUAAUGCAAAUAAAUCAUGAGAGGAGACUCUACAGAAACGUUUACGGACCAGGAGACACUAAUGUGUCACAUUUCUGUAACUUGACUGCAGACUCCGAAAACCUGACCAAUCUUUCAUGUGAAAGUCCACCGUGCUACUCUUCCCUCUUUCAGCUCUCAGAGAAAAACUGGCCAGCUCUGCUGACAGUGAUAGUGAUUGUUUUAACCAUUGCUGGGAAUAUUCUUGUCAUCAUGGCUGUGUCACUGGAGAAAAAGCUGCAGAAUGCCACUAACUAUUUUCUCAUGUCACUUGCAAUAGCUGAUAUGCUGCUGGGUUUCCUUGUCAUGCCCGUGUCAAUGUUAACCAUACUGUACGGAUACACGUGGCCUCUGCCUAGGAAGCUCUGUGCCAUUUGGAUCUACUUGGACGUGCUUUUCUCCACUGCCUCCAUCAUGCACCUCUGUGCCAUCUCAUUGGAUCGUUACAUUGCCAUUCGAAACCCCAUCUACCACAGCCGGUUUAACUCAAGAACAAAGGCUUUUGCAAAAAUAAUCGCUGUUUGGACCAUAUCAGUUGGUAAGUGAGCAAUAUUUCAGCAUGUAAUUGCAGAUUUCUAGCUUUUGAGAUGAUGGGACAGAUACACAUCUCAGUCUAAAACUGUGUUCUCUGACUGCAAUACUUUUCGUGCCACAGUCUAAGAAGUGCUGUAAUGUAGUAAUUAAGCAAUACACAAUCAACAGUGACAACACGAAAUGGAGGUGAAGCUGAGCAGCACAGUUAUAGAAGGAAUACACAUCAGCAGUAAGACUGUUAGGUUCAGUUUUGUCUUAAAAAUGUGUUUAUUUCCCAAAUAGAUUAUCCACCAUUACCAUAACAUCUGAAAACAAAACAAAAAAAAAUGAUAUUGACUGAAAAGAUUUUCCUGUAAAUCAAUUGUUCCAACUUCUCAUUAGGGUAAUUUACUUAGAGAGGUAGACAUUUUCUGGCUUUUCCUGAUAGACAGGGUGAGGUUAGUACAAUAUCCCAUUUAGGAGGCAUUAGAUGCUCUGCCUAUACCAUAGAUGAGUAGUGUUUCCCAACGGAGAGCCCAGAGCUGCAGCCUUAAAGAGGUGCCCCGAAUGAUUCACCUGAAGAAUCUCUCUUUGCACUGGUGUAACCCAGAGAUUUGAAACCAGACACAGCAGUGUCACGUGUUACUGUACAUGGUAACAGCAGCCUUGGUCCAGAGCUGUUUCAUGAUGUGGGAGAUGGAAAGUGUUUGAUAUCUGAUGCUAUCAGGGUUUUCUUCACACACCUUCAGCAUUGGUUCCAAGCAUGCUGAAAGCACCACUCCCUUUGGCUGAUUCAUUUUUCAGAGCACCCCAUGCAUUGGCAGCUCACUUAUUCAUUCACUGACCUCAUUGCAGCCUUUCAGUACCUAAA